AUGGACAAAAAGAUGGACAUCGUCCUCCUCGGCGCAACAGGAUACACAGGUCGUUUAUGCGCUGCUUACAUGUCUCACGCCCUCCCGGAGAAUACAACAUGGGCCAUCGCAGGCCGCAACAAGAGUAAACUCCAAGACUUGUAUAAAGAUCUUAAUCUUGAAAAAACAAAAUGCACCGUACACGCCCUCGACCUUACUUCCGAUAAAGACAUUUCUCAGCUUGCAAAGUCAGCUCGUGUAAUAAUCAACACAGUCGGUCCUUACGCUCUCACUUGCGGAACUGCAGCUAUUAGAGUUUGUGCUGAGAACGGCACUGAUUAUGUAGAUUGUAGUGGAGAACCGGCCUGGAUGCAGGAUAUCAUCAAGACUUAUGAUACGGUGGCCCAGGAAUCAGGAGCAAAGAUCAUCAUGACCGCAGGCUGGGCUGCCGUUCCCGCCGAUCUCUCCGUCUAUCUCGCCGUUCUUGAACUCCGCAAUCGCUUUUCGUUACCUACGCGCGAAGUUAUCGUAUCACUCGACGAAGUCCGUGGGUCUUUCAGUGGAGGGAGUCUCAGCUCGUUGAGCAGCCUUGAGCCCGUUGACAUGGCCCCUUUUGACUUGUCUCCUAUACCAAGAACUACCCCUCAGAUUGCGAAGCAAGGCGUUCUAUCUGCCCCUGAUGCAUUCGGCGUGCAGAAAAUUCAUGAUCUGGGAGUAUUGGCUGAGAGUUCCCACUCCCUGAUUGAAACAGCUGUCGUGGGACGUAGCUGGGGCCUAUACGGCGGCGAAGGACCAGAUUCACUAAGUCCAGAAGGCUAUGGAAAGAACUUCUUCUUUUCAUCACGUAUGAAGUGCUCUAAUUCCUUAUCUGCAUGGGGUUUCCGAACAAGUCUCACCCUUUUCGGGAACGCCAUCACCAAGAUCCCUCCUCUGCGCUACCUUCUCACCAGGAUGUUCCCACCAGGCACAGGCCCCUCUGAGGAAGCACGCAAGGGACAUUAUUUCAAAUACCGUGUCGUGGCCAUAGCCGACGAGAAAGAAGACAAACCUGCCCCGAGAGUCGAAGUCAAGUUCGAAUAUGAUGGGGAUCCGUAUGUGUUUACGGGUGUGGCCUUGACUCAAGCGGCGGUGACGCUUCUUCAGGGCGGCACACCUGCUCAUCGACGAGGAGGUAUCCUAACACCUGCGUCGUUGGGUGAGAAGUUCGCAGAAAGGCUAAAGCAGCCGGAAGCAGGCAUCAAGAUACAAGUUAUAAUGCGGGGCGAUUAG